UCUCUCCCAUGGCAGAAGAGAUACGUCCAAGGUUUUAUGGCUGCUACAAUUGCCACAACCACAUUGCGCUUCACGAUGAUAUUGUUCGAAAAGAUUUUGUGGCCGGGAAUCGAAGAAGAGCAUUCUUGUUUUCGCACGUGAUGAAUGUAAAGCUAGGCACGUCAAUGGACCGUCGACUCAUCACUGGUGUGCACCUAGUGGCAGAUGUUCAUUGCUCUGAUUGUGGGACGAUUUUGGGAUGGAGAUACGAGAAGGCUUAUGAUGAAGCACAAAAGUACAAGGAAUCCAAAACUGUGCUUGAGAAAUAUAAGAUUGUCAAAGAUAAUUGGUAGUAUUUUUUUUU